CUGAGUAACGGGAGGCACCGGGCUGAGCCGGACCAGGGAACCAACAGACCCGGGAACCACCGGACCCGGGGACCACUGGACCCUGGAAUCACUGGACCCGUGAACCACCGGACGGGAAGGGACUACCGGACCCGGAGACCCGGGAACCACUGGACCCGGGGACCACCAGUACCGGGAACCACCGGACCCGGAGACCCGGGAACCACCAGACCCGGGGACAACCGGACCUAG